AUGGGUAGAUACGCUUUAUUAGUUGGUUGCUGCUAUUUGGGGGAUGGGAAUGAACUACAAGGCUGCUACAAUGAUGUGGCCGCAAUGAAAGACCUGCUGAUAAAUAGUUUCGGUUUCCGUCGUACUAAUGUGGAAGUUCUCACUGAUCAGCGUAGCUCCCCUUUGCCGCCCACAGGUGAGGUUAUAAGAACUGAGCUUUAUGAGAUGAUUAAGCAGGCGGAGCCCGGCGAUGUUUUGUUGUUCUAUUUUAGUGGCCAUGGAAUAUAUCGUGAUUUCAGGGGAAGCCGUGGCUGCAUCAGAGAGGAAGCAAUUGUGCCCUGUGACCGAAACCUCAUUUUCAGUGCAGACUUUCGAGAUAUGGUAAAUGGCAUGCCACAUGGUGCUGAUUUCGUUAUGAUAGCAGACUCCUGCCACAGUGGGGGGCUAAUAGGUCAGACCAAGGAGCAAGUUGGACCUGGAUUUCGUCCAGAUGUUUGCCAUGCCUCAAGGCCCUACAAUUACGGUAACAUUGGCGGCGGUCGCAGAGCCAAAAGGAUGCCCAUUGAAUCGGUUUUGCGGCAUUUGAGACCUUUGAGUCACGUAGACAGUUCAGAUAUUGGAACACUCUUGAGAGACAUUUACGGAAAUCAAGCCAGCAUCCUGUUCCGACGGCAUGUUGAUCCAGAUGUCAGUGUUGACCGUGGCAUCCUUAUCAGUGGAUGCCAGUCCAACGAAACCGCAGUCGACGAUGAUGGGAAACAUCGUCGCCCUUAUGGUCUGUUUACUGCUGAACUUUACUCUACAUUGCGGAACCUGCGCGGUCCCAUGAUGAGCAACGCGGAGCUCGUGGAGACAAUUAGAUGCAAAUUAAGAAACGAGGAUCAGCAUCCAUGUCUCUACUGCUCUGACAAGCGUGCCGAUGCACCUUUCCUCUGGCUACGCUGAAUCAAUCGACAAUAUGUAUGACUGGGAUCCUACGUACCGCUGCAUGAAAUUAGCUGACCAAAUAAAGGGUUUAAUCCUACUCUAUCUAUGUCAUAAUAAUCACGUCUCAGUUCAUUCUAGAUGCCUUUUCUUUAGAUGGUCUUUGAAGCAUUUUAGCAAUUUCAUACUGCAAGUUCGUGAGUCUAUUCCUCUGUCUUUUGGUUUUUUCUAGUUCAGCUUCUUCAAGCUGGUUCUGUUUUGUGGUUGGCAAUAAAUUUUUGCUCUUUUUGAA